GAGUAUUGAUUGUAGAACCACUUCGUCUGUCUGGCAAAAAAGACGGACAAUUCAUUAUGUACCAAACCAUAGGUAUUUCGCUGCUUCAUAAGAGUAAGCAUCAAAUUAAUCAAAAAUAUCAAGAGCAAAGAUAUGUUUCUAAGAAAAAUUUGGAUGAAACUAUUUUACCACAUCAAAGAAUAACCAAAAAUAGAGACAAAAAGCAUUUUAAUUUACUUGUUCCGGAAAAUGUUUUAUCGUUUAAACGUCGUAGAAAAGUGAGAAUUCUAAUUUGUUUCAAUUCAAAGAAUAUAAAUUAUAUAGAUAGAAAUAUAGUAUUUUGGAAUGAAACGAACGUAACAAACAGCAGCCAAGUUUCACAUGAAAAUAACCAUCUUGAUAGAGAUAAAAAUAAAUUAAUGAAAUUAAAGCUCUUUCUUUGGCCUAAUUAUCGAUUAGAAGAUUUAGCUUGUAUGAAUCGUUAUUGGUUUGAUACCAAUAAUGGCAGUCGUUUCAGUAUGUUAAGGAUACAUCUGUAUCCGCGAUUGAAAUUUUGUGAAUAAUACAUUUUUCUAUAUAGCCUAGAUCCUAUUUCUAUAUACCCUAGAAUAGAAAAUAUAAUUUCUAGGGUAUAUCAAAGUAAACACAUAUACAGACCAUCCGCUUUUAUUGUCUCACAUCUCGUUCUAGUAUCCAAUAUGAAAUUACUUUGAAUAAUAUCUCAAUUAGAUCUCGAAAUGAAUUAACAGAAACUUAUGAAUUUUAGGUCUAAAUUCUUCCAUGUGAAAAUGUACCAAUUGUUUUCUAUUCCUAUCUAAAUAGAAUUUCAAAUUCGAUUGAUUGGUUUGAAUUCAGAAAAUUAGGAGUUUCUUACAUUAAAUUAUUGUAUAUACCACAUACAAAUUAAUAGCAUUAUUAUUACUGAUCGGUAAAAUCCAUAUCUGUACAAGGAAAAAGGAGCAUUUUUUUAUGGUAAAAAAUUCCGUAAUUUCGAUUAUUUCUCAAAAAGAAAACGAAGAAAAUAGAGGGUCUGUUGAAUUUCAAGUAUUCAGUUUCACCACUAAGAUAAGGAGACUUACUUCACAUUUGGAAUUGCACAAAAAAGACUUUUCAUCUCAGAGAGGUUUGCGCAAAAUUUUGGGAAAACGUCAACGACUACUAGCCUAUUUGUCAAAAAGAAGUAGAGGACGCUAUAAAGAAUUAAUUGAUGAGUUGGAUAUUCGAGAAAUAAAAACACGUUAAUUUGAAGCAUGAUACUUUUUGAUGAGCUUAGUCAUUUAAAUGGGAAUGAACUUCUUUUUACUUUCAGAAAUGCAUGGAAGACUGACUCGGUAAAAACUUAUGAUUACACCAAUUCCAAGAAACGACCUUAUGAUAGUGAAUAUGGGGCCUCACCACCCAUCAAUGCAUGGUGUUCUUCGACUGAUCGUUACUCUCGACGGUGAAGAUGUUAUUGACUGUGAACCUAUAUUAGGUUAUUUACAUAGAGGAAUGGAGAAAAUUGCGGAAAAUCGAACAAUUAUACAAUAUUUGCCUUAUGUAACACGUUGGGAUUAUUUAGCUACCAUGUUUACAGAAGCAAUAACCGUAAAUGGACCCGAACAGCUAGGCAAUAUUCAAGUACCUAAAAGGGCUAGCUAUAUUAGAGCUAUUAUAUUAAUAUAUGACCUAUUUGAAGCUGCUACCGGUAUGCGCAUGAUGCAUAAUUAUUUUCGUAUCGGAGGAGUUGCUGCUGAUCUACCUUAUGGCUGGGUAGAUAAAUGUUUGGAUUUUUGCGAUUAUUUUUUAACUGGGGUUGCUGAAUAUCAAAAGCUUCUUAAUUUUUAUAUAAAAUAA